AUGAUCAUUGCUGUUUUUAUCUUGCUUAGUAUGAUGAAUUUUACUACUGCUCGACGUAUAUUUAGAUGUCCGGAAAAAGAUAUCGACGAAGGUUGUAAAGAUCCUCUGUCAUGUAUGUAUCCAAAUCCUAACGAUUGUAAUGGAUUUAUUCAAUGUGAUGAUUCUGGUCGAAUUUAUUACAAAAGUUGUAAUCCUGGAUUGCUAUGGAAUGAUAUAAUUAGAAAUUGUGAUAUACCACGUCAUUCAACUUGUGGAUUCUAUGGUUAA